GUGAUCCCUCAGAGCCGGGCCGGGCCGGGCGGUACCGCUGUAUCCCCUCAGGGCCGGGCCCGGCGGUACCGCCCCGCUGACGGGAUCCGGCGCGACGGCGGCCGCGCCACUUCCUGGCGGCGGGAGCGGGGCGAUGGCGGCGCAGGACGUGCUGGGCCAGACCGCACGGCUGGCCUCGUCCAGCGCCCUGCUGCAGGUGCUGUUCCGGGUGGUCACCUUCGGGCUGAACGCCUUCACCCUCCGCUACCUCUCCCGGGAGCUCAUCGGCGUGGUCAAUGUCAGGCUGACUCUGCUGUACUCAACAGUUGUCUUCCUUGCCAGGGAGGCAUUUCGCAGAGCUUGUUUGAGUGGGAGUGCCAAGAGAAACUGGACCAAAACAAUUAAUCUCUUGUGGCUGACAGUCCCUCUUGGUGUCUUUUGGUCUCUUAUCUUGGGCUUAGUCUGGCUACACUUGCUUGAAGUACCCGACCCUUCUGUGGUUCCUCACUAUCAGGCUGGUGUAGUGGCAUUUGGUCUUUCUGCCAUUAUUGAACUCCUGGGAGAGCCAUUCUGGGUUUUAGCACAAGCUCAUUUGUUUGUGAGACUUAAGGUAAUUGCUGAAAGCCUUUCAGUAGUGUCAAAAUGCAUUUUGACAGUUACUUUAGUAAUCCUUUAUCCUCAGUGGGGCCUUUACAUUUUUUCCUUGGCUCAGCUUUUAUAUGCCAGUGUUCUGGUAAUGUGCUAUGUAAUUUAUUUUGUGAUGUUUUUGGGAUCUCCUGAAGCCACAAAGAAGUCAUUUCCAGUUGCUAGAGUGAAAGCUCUAUUACCUAGCUUUGUGGAAGAUGAGACCUUUGUGAACUGGAAGGAAGCACGCUUGACUUGGAGUUUCUUCAAACAAUCCUUCUUGAAACAGAUUUUAACAGAGGGUGAACGAUAUGUGAUGACUUUUUUGAACGUGUUAAAUUUUGGAGAUCAGGGUGUCUAUGAUAUUGUGAAUAACCUUGGUUCGCUGGUGGCCAGGUUUAUCUUUUUGCCUGUUGAGGAGAGCUUUUACGUAUUUUUUGCUAAAGUGUUGGAAAGAGGGAAGACUGUAAAGGAUCAAAAGCAGGAUGAUGUUGCUAUGGCUGCAAAUGUAUUGGAGUUGCUGCUGAAACUUGUGCUCCUGAUUGGCUUCACCAUCACUGUUUUUGGCUAUGCCUAUUCUCAGCUGGCUCUGGAUAUUUAUGGAGGCUCAAUGCUCAGUUCUGGAACAGGUCCAAAUCUCCUCCGGUGUUACUCGUUGUAUGUCCUGUUUCUUGCUGUCAAUGGAGUAACAGAAUGUUUUACAUCUGCCUUAAUGUGCAAAGAAGAAGUGGACAGGUACAACUUUGUUAUGCUGGCCUUGUCUUUCAUAUUUCUGUGCAUCUCUUAUUUCCUGACCCACUGGUAUGGCAGUGUGGGCUUUAUCCUUGCCAACUGCUUCAACAUGGGCAUCAGAAUAGCUCACAGCACCCACUACAUCCAUCACUACUUCAGAGAAAGCACCCACAGACCCCUCACAGGCCUGCUGCCCUCACCAGCUCUGCUGCUGGUUUACAUCCUCAGUGCUGUGGUCACUGCUUUCUCAGAGGUGUUGUUCUGCUGUGACAAGGGCUGGAUGGCCAGGCUGAUCCACAUCAGCACGGGUGCCCUGUGCCUUGCAGCAACCCUGGUUACGAUGUUCUGCACAGAGACCAAGCUCAUCCACUUUGUCAGGAGCCAGUUCCUCUCCCGCUAUCUGAAGAAAGGAACAUGACCUGCUCCUGUGCAGAACAGUUCUUGUAUGUGCUUGCAGUAAAGGGCUGUGGUUUUUGCCAUAAGAUCUGCAUGGAAAAAAGGUUUCCACAUGUGUUUGGAAGCAUUGAUAAGGGAGUGGCAAUGUUGACAACUGCCACAUGAAUAUUAUUUUGUCUUCUGAACUGGUCAGUACAGCAAAAGAGAGGUGAAUAAUUUUCUCUUUAUGCAUCAUUCUUGUCUAAGCUUUUCUUCAAACAGCCUCUGAAGAUCUAAGCUGCACCCCCUCACAUAACCUGGUUGACAGACUGCAUGUAGAGAGCUCCCCUUCCUGCCACUGGGCAGUGUGGGAAGGCCUGAUGUGGUUUAGAAGGCUCUUAUUUGGCAUGGGUGCUGCUUAACUGGGGAGAUGCUCAGGGGAAAAACCCCCAAAACCAACCACAACAAUGAAUGCCAUAAAAAUACCCAGAAGCUGAGGAGAACCCUAGAGCAAGGACCAGCACCAGUGUGAGUGUUGUGGAGCAGAACACAGUGUGGUGCAGGGGGAUUGAGCUGUCACUGUUUGAAGUGCCAAGCGGGCAACAGAAGAUCCUGACGUUUACAAGUAAAUUAAUGGAAUACACAGUGUGUGUCCCUGCUGGCUCUGUGAGAUUAUUUCAUUCAGCAGAUCCUUCAUGUCUGAGGGCAUUGAUUAACUUGUCAGAAAUACUCUGAAGCCUUAGCUGGAAGAGGUUUUGGGCAUUGUCUGCAGAAGGUGUUGAGUACAAUCACUAAUGGUGCAGUUCAUAAGGUUACUCAUAAAACUUGUUGCUUUCAUUCCAUUGUUUUUGGGUUUGUCUGGGAUUUUAAAUGCCAGCAUGAACAAACUUAUCUCAAUAAAAAUUAUUUUGUCUGUACAAUUGAAUGUUAAAUAUAUUUAAUAAGAUUUUUUACAAGGAAUUAUGCAUAUUGAAGAUGUCUUCAUUGGGUAGUAAAUACUUCCUUUUGUUCCAAUGUUUUCCUCAUAUCUUAUUUCUUUACGUGUUCAGUCUCAACCUCUGGAUUGGUUUUUUUUUUUUGGAAUUGAUGAAAAUUUGGACUUUCAGUAUUCUAAAAUUCCAUGUAAGGCUGCUGGUUUAAGUGUACUAAUGGCAUAUUGUAUUGCUGGUCUAAGAUCUGAACGGGGCAGUUUCAGCAUGUACGAGUGGCAGGUUUAUAAUGAUCAAUGUUCCCUUUGCAGUUCUUCGAUGGACCAAAAAAUGUCAGGGUAUGAGAAAUGUGUGCUCAGACGUGUGCAGUUGAAAGCUUUUAGUUUAAUUAUGUAGCAACUCUGCAGAUCCUCAGACUGCUGAAAAAAACCUCACUGCAGUGGCAUUGUGGAGUUCACUCUGGUGCCAUCAGUGCCCAGGCUGAAAUGCUUUCUAGUGUCAGGGCCUUCAGCUUGUAGUUAGAAAUGUUUUCUAAACUCUGGUAAUUCCCACUUGGAAAACAUUGCCAAAGAUACUUUACAUGAGAAUUUGGUGAUUAAAAAAUGAUCAUAGAGAGGCCAAAAUGUGACAGUGAAGGGAAGGUAGUGGCCUUGCACAGCCAAGGGCAGUUGUCUCCAUUGCCUGGCUGGAAGGAGUAGAAGCAGAUGAUUCUUCUUACACUGUUUUGAAAUCUGUCAAAAUGAAACAAACUCUAUAUUAUUCUGUUCUCUUGAUUGAAUUCAGUAGUUUUUGUCUUUUACAUUUUUCUCUUCUGAAUGGUCCUACAGCUUUUUCCUCUUUUCUGUCUGCUGUGGGGUUAGUUAUGAAAUACAGCUUCAAAUAUUGCAGAGGGUUGAAACUUCUUUAUGGUCAAUGCUUACAACAGUUGCUUCUCCUUGUUAGUAGUGCAAAAAAAUCAAGACAAUUGAACCUAUGGACUGUGACUUAAGGUCUGUCUUUUCCUGUAUGCCUUUGGGAUCCUACUGUGGUAAUAUCUCAGUCUGUACAGUGAAUUUUUAUAACCCUUGGAAUGAUAAAUUUUGUACAGCCUUGCACCUAAGUGCUUUGUAGAUGGAAGAACUUCUCAUACCAAAUUGAAGCUUGAAGUCCUUCUGCCUUGUCUGCUCUUACAGCCCCAGCUGUACACUGAUAUUACUUCUGCUGCUUGUAAUCUCAUAGGUAGGGUGAUGUGAGAUCUUGUUCAGUGACAUGACCUGUGUAGUCUCAUAAAUGUUAUUUAAUAUAAAUUAAUUAUUUAAUAUAAUGUUAAAUAAUUUAAAGACAACAUACAUUUUUAUACCACUUAGUUUUAUUUCAUAUUGGAAAUAUGAUUUGUCUUAUUUCAUAUUGGCAGAUCUCACAUCUUGUGCUAUUUUCUAUGAAUCAGGAAGACAUUGAAGGUGACUUAAUGAUUGCUCAUUAGCAAAUUAAGGACACAUUCUUCAUUUACACAUCAGCUCAGUGAUGGUUGACUGGUGUUUGUGAUGUGGGAUGUUUUAUUUUUAAUGUUUUAUGAGGCAGGAAACUGCAAGGAGAGAUAGGAAGUAGAGACCUAUGAAACUGCUGGUUUCUUAUUUAUCAGUGGGAUCGUUAAUGUCAGAGCUGUUAAUUGCUUUAUUGCUAAACUAGCGAAGUCUCAAACUCGGGAACAAAGUUGAGAUUGAACUUGACCAUGUUUUCCUUUUGUUUUAGCCCCGUUCAUCAGUCAAAAGCACAACUGUCUGAAGUGUCAUGAAGCUGUUUUGCAGUGUUCUGAAAUCUUUUAGUUUCAGCCAAAGGGGAAUGAAACAUUUUCUUUGGUGGAAAAGGUUAUUUCAUGCUUUGUGGUGUGUUUUUCUUGGUUUUUGGAUGAAUGACUUUCAAGGCAACACUAAAUAAAGUUUAUUUCCUUUA